UUGACAUCGUACGCCGCACCCAACGACCGCCAAACAGCAAACAACAACACUUUCCCCUUUCUCUCUCUAAACAUGGCGAUGCUUUCUACUGCUUCCGUUUCGGGGAGCGUCGACCUUCCUCGAGGAACCAUGAAGGUUGACUCGUCUGCGUCUCCGGAGGUCGUAUCCGAUCUCCCACCAUCUUCCCCAAAGGGCUCACCUGAUCGCCAUGACCCUUCCACUUCUUCUCCGAGCCCCAGUCGUGGUGGUGACAAUCAGUCUGAAGUCAUAUCCAAGAGUGAAGAGUAUCGGCAAUUGUUUCGGCUUCCAGCUGACGAAAUCCUUGUUCAAGAUUUUAACUGUGCUUGUCAGGAGAGUAUUCUUAUGCAGGGUCAUAUGUACCUCUUCAUCCAUUAUAUCUGCUUUUACUCCAACAUCUUUGGUUAUGAGACCAAGAAAAUUAUCCCAUUUGCUGAAAUAUCUUGUGUUAAACGAGCCAAGACUGCUGGUAUUUUUCCUAAUGCCAUUGAGAUUUUAGCUGGAGGGAAGAAGUACUUUUUUGCAUCGUUUCUUUCCCGCGAUGAAGCUUUCAAGCUUAUCCAUGAUGGAUGGUUGGAAUAUGGUAGUGCUGUCAAAUCAGAAGGCGAGAUUCUGGUGACCGAACCGCAGGUAAGCGAUGGAGUUGUUAAAAGGGCACGCAGUUCCAUGGAUUUGGCCAAUGAACUAGAUAUUCCAGUAAGGGAUGAAACUCUUCAUCUUUCCAGCAGUUCCAGUCUUCCUGUCAUUAGUCAGAAUGGCGUUCCACCUUCAUCCGUUCAGCGGCACGCUGAACCAGAUGUAGAUGUUGUGGCGGCCAAUACUUUCAACUGGAAGCCUGAAGAUACAGAUGCACCUAAAUUGUCAUCUGACUUUACAAAGGUAGCAGAGGCAAAGUUUUCGAUUCCAGUAGAAGAGUUCUUUAGAUUGUUUUUUUCAGAUGGUGCUGUCAGUUUUGUUGAAUCUUUCCAUAAAAAUUGUGGAGACAAAGAGUUUAGGUGUACCUCUUGGCAACCUCAUGAAAAGCUUGGACACACCCGCAAUGUCUCAUUUCAACAUCCGAUAAAAAUUUAUUUUGGUGCAAAGUUUGGUGGCUGCCAGGAGUCACAGAAAUUUCGGAUGUACAGAAAUAGCCAUCUGGUUAUUGAAACAUCACAGGAGAUCAGCGAUGUGCCUUAUGCAGAUUAUUUUACGGUAGAGGGAGUCUGGGACUUGAAAAGAGAUUGCAGAGACUCGGUAGAAGGUUGUAUAUUGGAUGUUUAUGUCAAUGUGGCCUUCUCUAAAAGAACAGUGUGGAAAGGGAAAAUAGUGCAGUCUACUUUAGAAGAAUGUAGAGAAGCUUAUGCACAUUGGAUAAGAAUGGUACUUGAUCAGGGGCCAUUGGGUCAACAUUUUUUUUUUUUUAGUUUCUGCAGGAAUUUAAACAAGUUUAUAUAUAUUUUUCUUCAUUAUUAUCUUUGGAGGCACAUGAACUGUUGAAGCAGAAGAAGCUGGAGAACCAAGAAGGGAAUAAGUUGAUUGAGGAUGGUGAACCGCUAGCAGCAAGGGAAGAAAGAGUAUCUGAAUGUGACGAGGAGGGGAAGGUGGAAAUGGUGGGCGAAGGGGUAGUUAAAAAAAGCUUAAAGGAAGCAUGGGUGAAUCUGACUUCAUUUGUGAAGAGGCAAAGCGGGACAAGGCAGGUUAUAGUAUUAGCGUUUGCAGUAAUCUUACUGAUGCAGGUGACGAUAGUGGUGCUACUGAAAAAAGGAGGAGGGGGGCAAGUGGAGUAUCAUGAGAGGUACGACGAGUACAGUGUAAACGGGGAGACUUUGGGGUGGUUAGAGAAGAGAAUGCAUUUCCUGAGGGAAGAGAUGAUGAUGGUUGAGGAUCGUUUGCAGAGGAUGCGACAAGACCAUGCCGCCUUGAAGGCUCAGUUCCACCAUUUGGAACGCCUCCUCCGCCGCAACAAACAGUAAAUUUGCUACACCCUACUCUCUGUUUGUGCAGAAUGCGGAUGGAUAUAUGCAUGUAUGUAUGUAAUGUAUUAUCGGACGUUACUUUGCAAAGUUGUUGUUAUACCUACCUACUCAUAUGAAUAUGAGCAGAGACUCUGUUAAACGAAAUGAUGUAAUCAAUUGUAUUCGUGUUGCACCUGUAUCAAAGAUUAAAUUCACACUGGUGACUCCACUUUCUCGCUAUUGGAUUCUCUCAAUGUCUCAAUCAAACAAACAAAAGUUGAUUCUAAUUUAAAUUCCCG